CUGGCUCCACUCCAGUCGCAGUCGUCGGCGGAAGCAGUCUGGUGUCACUUCUCGAACAAGGUUCGUCUCCGGUUCUCCGGCUCUCCGUUUCCGUCCGGCACGCGCUAACCGCUUUUCGUUUCGGUUUUUCAUUUAACUUUUCGCAGCCCUCGCGUCGGCAAGGCAUGUGAUACGGAAAAAGCCCUUAUGAUAGUGCUAACUAAAGACUCGACUAACUAAACAUAAGUUACAUAAAAAUAAACCCGAUAAAACAUAACCCAAGAGAUGAGUAGCGACCAGGCCAAAGAGAUUGAGGCUGUGCCCCCAUCGCUGCAGGACUUCAAGGCUCCUGUCCUGCCGGACAACAAGCUGGUGCUCUUCUUCCAUCCGUACAACUUCUACUCACAAAAAGUUCUUCUUGUCCUAUAUGAGAAGAAGAUCGACUUUUUCCCAUACGUUGUGGAUUUGUGCAAUGGAGAGCAGUAUUCCAGUUGGUUCCUGAACCUUAAUCCCAAAGGCGAUGUGCCAGUACUUCAGGAUGGAGCCUUUAUCGUUCCCAACUCGACGCACAUCAUCAACUAUGUGGAAAGCAAAUUCCGCGGAGCUAAGCACCCGGCGCUGAAGCCUGCACAAAACUCCAAGGACUACGACCAGAUGUUGCUCUAUGAGCAAGCGGUGGGUCGUCUACCAGUAGGAGCGCUCAGUCUGGGUUCCUUCAUCCACGAUGACCUUAAACUGGUGCCCAAAGCGCCCUUCAUAGGACCUGUGCGCCAGUCCUGCCUGAAGAACAACGAAAAGGUUCUGGACUUACUGCGCCGUUCCGUGGAAGAGCUGGCAUCUAACAAGGCUGCUCUGAAGAACAAGCUGGACAUCCAAGUGCGCCGUCGGGAUCUGGUCUCGUCCCGCGAGGAUUUCCAACGCGUUCUGGAUGCUGUGCGCCACUUCCUACUUUACGUAGAGCAGGAACUGUCAGCAAAAGCUCCCCGCAGCGAGUGGCUGACCGGAGACGAGCUUACCCUGGCAGAUAUCUCGCUGGGACUGCUCCUGCACCGGCUGUACCAAUUGGGCUUCGAGAAUCACUACUGGGCCUUCGGCAAGCUGCCCCAGGUUGAGGCCUACUUCCUGCGCUUCCGGCAGCGCGAGUCCUACCACCGCCUGCAGCCAAGCAACUUUGCCAUUUUGCGCGAGAUGUGGAUGCGGACGCCGGGCAACUACAAGCUGGGAGCGGGCGCCGGCUUCCUCGGUAUGGCCAUGUUCGCAGCCUUCGCCCACAAGUGAGCGGAGGAGGAUCGGGACACUAGACUUUGUUAACAAAUCCUUUUACUGUUAAAGUUGGGCACAUAUAAACACACGAACAUAAGAACGCUUAAA